CUAAGGAUCACCGCCCAGCUUGAGCCACGCCAGACAUCCCAGGAGGAUCCUCUAGCACAGACUGCGUAGACGGGGAAGCGCUCCGUGGCCACAGGGACCGUCGCCGGGUCGUCCUCCGAGAGUCCUGAGCAGCGCUGUGCUGGGGGAGCUGCACUUAGGUGCUGUCGGCAGGAGUGGGAGAGCCCCUGAAGCUGUGUGAACGUGCCCUGCCCCCGGUGCGGAUCCGGUGUUGUCCUUGGUCCUGUGGGGAUCUGCCGGCCUGCUUCUGUGCGAGGAGAGGGCUGCUGCCGCUCCAGUGUCUUGUGGUAAAGAAGUUAAUUGAGCCUAUGCGUGUUCCUUAUUUUUUGCUCAAACUUGAUCAAGCAGGUUUCUCAGGAGAGCAAGCUUCAACAGGCAGUGAAAAUGAACAGCUCGGAGGACCUCCCCACGUCUUACGACUUCGACCUCAUCAUCAUCGGUGGAGGCUCUGGCGGCCUAGCGGCUUCUAAGGAGGCAGCCAAAUAUGGUAAGAAGGUGAUGGUCUUAGAUUUUGUCACUCCAACUCCUCUUGGAACUAGAUGGGGUCUUGGAGGAACGUGUGUGAACGUGGGCUGCAUACCUAAAAAACUGAUGCACCAGGCGGCUCUGUUAGGACAAGCCCUGCAGGACUCUCGCAACUACGGGUGGAAGGUCGAGGACGCAGUUAAACAUGACUGGGAGAAGAUGACGGAAGCCGUGCAGAACCACAUCAGCUCCCUGAACUGGGGCUACCGAGUAGCUCUUCGGGAGAAGAAGGUCGUCUACGAGAACGCUUAUGGCCAGUUCAUUGGUCCUCACAGGAUUAAGGCAACAAAUAUUAAGGGCAAAGAAAAGAUUUAUUCAGCAGAGCGAUUCCUUAUUGCUACUGGUGAAAGACCGCGCUACUUGGGCAUCCCCGGUGACAAAGAGUAUUGCAUUAGCAGUGAUGAUCUUUUCUCCUUGCCUUACUGCCCGGGCAAGACCCUGGUGGUCGGAGCGUCCUACGUCGCUUUGGAAUGUGCGGGAUUCCUGGCCGGCAUCGGUUUAGACGUCACCGUGAUGGUCCGGUCCAUUCUUCUCAGAGGAUUUGACCAGGACAUGGCCAACAAAAUUGGUGAACACAUGCAGGAGCAUGGCAUCAAGUUCAUAAAACAGUUUGUACCAAUUAAAAUUGAACAAAUUAAAGCAGGGACCCCAGGCCAGCUGAAGGUGACAGCACAGUCCACGCACAGCAAGGAGAUCAUCGAAGGAGAGUACAACACGGUGUUGCUGGCAAUAGGAAGAGAUGCUUGUACGAAAAACAUUGGCUUAGAAACCGUGGGGGUGAAGAUCAAUGAAAAGACUGGAAAAAUUCCUGUCACAGAUGAGGAGCAGACCAACGUGCCUUACAUCUACGCCAUCGGCGACAUCCUGGAGGGCAAGCUGGAGCUGACCCCCGUGGCCAUCCAGGCGGGGAGGCUGCUGGCCCAGCGGCUGUACGGCGGCUCCACCGUGAAGUGUGACUACGAGAAUGUCCCAACCACGGUGUUCACGCCUUUGGAGUACGGUGCCUGUGGCCUUUCUGAGGAGAAAGCUGUGGAGAAAUUCGGGGAAGACAACGUGGAGGUCUACCAUAGCUUCUUCUGGCCGCUGGAGUGGACAGUGCCGUCCAGAGACAACAACAGAUGCUACGCGAAGAUAGUCUGUAAUCUCCAAGACAGCGAGCGGGUCGUGGGCUUCCACGUGCUGGGGCCCAACGCCGGAGAAGUCACACAGGGCUUCGCGGCUGCUCUCAAGUGUGGGCUGACCAAGAGGCAGCUGGACAGCACGAUCGGCAUCCACCCCGUCUGUGCAGAGGUGUUCACGACGCUGUCGGUGACCAAGCGCUCCGGGGCCAGCAUCCUGCAGUCCGGCUGCUGAGGUUAAGCCCCAGUGUGGGUGCUGCCGCCCACCCGAGCCCCCGCGGUCCCUUCCCUGGAUCCGAGACGGAGGCUUCGGGAAGGCACCAUCGGGUGCCCGCCGGCCACGCCGGGGCCCUCGCUCAAGGGCAGGAGGUGGUGGCGGAAGGAGGCAGCAUCGCACUGGGGUCACACAGACUCGGAGCUGGCGCGCGGCGGGCACCUCAGGGUGCGUCCAUGAGGUCACCAGCCUCAAGCCCGCGGGUAGGCGGUGACGGAACGCUGCCGCGUCCUUCAGCUCAGCCCAGCCGCUCCUCGGCGGUUUUCUUAGGCUCAUCCUCGAGCUGUCUCACCUUGAUUGUAUUCUCCUUUCCUCUCCCUGGGGCUAGUGAUGCCAGCAGCGAAGACUGUUGGCAGUCGGUUUCUGUCCAAACGCAAGUCAUGGCUGCAGGGUCCCACGGUGUCCCGCGUGUGGCUUGGGCCCCCUUGGAACCUGCACAGCGUCGCACGAGAGACAGUGCCCUGUGAUUGGCUAGCAGGUCCUGUUCUCCUGGCCUGUCCAGCAAGGCCUCCGUGAAUAAAUUGGAUUCCAAAGCAGGGACAGCAGGUGGGGGGCUCGCCGCAUGGGCCCGAGUGCUGCACGUGCGGGCCGCAUCGCUGGCCGUGACGGUGGCUGUUCGUGUCGGAGGGACCGGGCUCCUGCCAUCGCCGUCCGCGCAGACGCGAGGGCCGGCCGUCUCCCUGGAUGCGGGUCACGCCGCUGUCUCUGUGAGCGGACGUCGUCUGCAGUGGAAAGCGCUUGCUUUGCUUCACGCUUCUGGUUCUGUUCAGCGGGUUAAACACGGGACGCUGCAGCUUGGUGUUACGUGUCUCUCCCCCGUAGGAAGCAGGCCUUUCUGCACUUAGCGUGUGCGGGCUCUGGGCGGUUCACUUUUUCAAGGAAGCUGUUAAUAGCCUAAGUUAUUAUUUUUGAACACAGGUGGAUGUGAAGGAUUUUUACCCCCAAACCAGAUUUGGACCUUUUCUGUUAAAUGGGCGACCGAGUCUGGCGGGCCCGUCGCGUAGGGCUUCUCUCGGGUGAAUCCCGCCCGGGCGGAGCACUGCGCUGCACACGCCUGUCCUGUCCAGCCUGUCACCGCCCACUGUACUGUGACUCCUGAAAUUCCAUGUAUUUUUAUUACAAAUCUUUGGAAAAAAGAAAAACCAGGAACCAUUAAAAGGUGUUUGUACCUA